CAACCCCAAAAACCUAACCUCUGUGUGUGUGAGAGAGAGAUAAAGAGAGAGAGAGAGCGAGACUGUGUUGAACUCGCCUUUCAGAUCUGACACAGAGAGAGGAGGGACUUCUUGGGAAAUAGAAACUCAUAUGUGUUUGAUACACAGUGCCACCCCCCACACAUAUAUAUACACACAGUCAGCUCAGUCUAUAUGUGUGUGUGUGUGUGAGCAGAGCUGUAGACCGUUUGAUGUAGGAUGAUGAUGAUGGAGAUGAAGACUCUUCUUCUUCUGCAGCUUCAGCUUGGUAUGAUGGAGGGUCUUUUUACAUGUUUAAUGUGCGUGUGUUUGUGUUAUUAAACCUCUGGUUCUUGUUAGAGAGGCCGGAGGAUCUUUACCGACUCUUUUUGUUGUGACUCUGAACUCAUUGUGAGUUUGUUGCAGCAGUGUGUUUUUAAAGUACAAAGAACUAAAACUAUAGUUCAGGUUUUGAGGUGUUAAUAUUUAAUCUAAGGAUGAUGUUAUUAUAUUUUCCACUUAGAAACUUAAACAAGAAAAUGUUUCAGUGUUUCCUUGAAACCAGGAGCAGACAUCUUGAGCCUAACUUGACUUUUUGUGUCUUAUGUCCCAUCUGUUAACAUGGAGAAGGUGGGCUUUACGACAGUCUGCAGGGGGGGCUCUACAUUUAUGUGAAGAGUGUUAUGUCAUCGAUCUUUGUCUGACCUGAUCAGACUCUGAGAGAAACAGCUCAGGGUCACUACAGGUCUGUGUUAGCCUGGCUUGAAUUUGACGUUGAGUUCAGGACUGAGUUUGAAGUCUGCUGAUGUUUCAGCGGCUGUGAUCUUCUAACGUUAACUUCAUCUUGAUCUUAAACUCACAGUUCCCUCGAAGCUGAGGUUUUACCGGCUGUUUGUUUUAUUUCAGGUGUUUUCAGCCUGUUAGAGAUAAUCUCCUUUUAUUUAACCUUCUUUUAUUUUUUUUUAUCAUUUUUCAUUUCUUCUAUUUUGUUUAAUCUUUUUUUCUUUACUUUUUACCUUUCUCCUUUUAUAUCAACUUUUUAAAACUUCUUUUUACUUCUUUCAUUGAGCUCCAUUACUAAGAAACAUGUUUCAUUGCUUCAUUAUGCUACCAGUUUACCUUGUCUGUCUUUAUACCUGUGUGUUUGUACGUUUGUGUGUGUGUACGUGUGUUUGUGUGUAUGUGUGGGUAACCUCUUCCUGUCUCCUCAGCAGGUGUGUGUGUCUCCCUCCCACCUCCCUCCAGUGUCUCCAUAUCCUCCUUCAACAUGCAGCACACACUCAGUUUCCUGCCCAGCCUAGAGAGUCCCACCCACUGCCGCUACGCCGUGCAGACGGUCAGACUUAGGUACUUACACGGACACACACACACACAAUGCCUGUGUCCACCAAGCAGCAACCUCCAAUCUUCCAAAAUUAAGCUAAUGCUGACGUGCUGAGUGUUCCCUUGGGGCUGUGUGCAGAAGCACUGGAUCAAUCAAUCAAUCAAUCAAUAAAUCAGUCAAUCAGUCCAUCAAUUUUUAUUUAUAUAGCGCCAAAUCACAACAGUCAGUAAAGAGCAGGUCUAGACCACACUCAUUGUUUGAUGUAUGCAGUUGAAAGUGUAGCCGGACUCCUUCCUUUGAGCAGCUGUUGUCUCUCCAGCUGCUCCCCCCCUCAACUCAGAUCAUGAUUUUCAGUUCCUUUAGUUGAGGAGUGGCAUCCAUGAGGGUUUAGUAGGCCUUCUCCUCAGUCUCUAAACUUAUCCUCAGCUGUGCUGGAUUGGGCCAUGGUGUGCAAAUUCCCUUCCCCUUAACCCUAGAACACUAUGACCCGACCAAACAUGUUUACAUGAUUUUCAUUAUGUUGCGUUUGUCUGAGUAAACCCUGCUUUUUCCUACAGGCACGUGUUUGGGUGAAAAUCACCCGGCAAUAGUAAUAGAGGGUAAAGUGGGUUUAGGUGGAUUUCACCCAGCAAUAGUGUUAAGUGUAUAAAUGCAGGUGAUCUUGCUGCAUUUCAAGGCUUACAACAUUCAGGACUGCCAUAUUUACCCUCCCUUCUUCGACUACAGCUGUGAUCCUGUUGCAAAGUUGAUGUUUGUUAAAUUUAGUAAUUGCAAAUUGAGUUGAUUUCGUUUUUUAGCUGCAUGUAGGGAAUAAAGUCAGUAAGAGUGGUCUUGGAUUUUGCAUGCUAUCUUUAUUUAGCUCAGUGGUUAUGAAUAACUAUCACAAAGUAGUGAUUUUCAAGGGAAUUCAUAUGGUGAUAAGAAAUAUUUUAGUCAGCUGGUCAUUUUUACUCACUCAAAAUAUGCCAUAGUUCGGUUCUCUCUCCUGCAGCUGUUAUUGUGCCAAGGACUCUGAGUCUUCAUCAGGGAAGACUCACAUACCCCAGGAAUGGGUGGAAAAAAAACUAAGUUUACAGUUUCUUUAGGAUUUAUUGUUCAUGAAUGCCUAAUUUCAGUUAUUUUGUUGCAUUUUAAUAUGGUCCCCUCAUGGCACAUUUUUCCCCUCCCUUUGGACAUUGCACAGUUGAAAAUAAAGAAGAGGAAGAAGAAGAAGAAAAACUUAAUUGAUCCCCGAAGGGAAAUUCAAUUGUCUGUUGUCUCACGUAAUAAGUCUAUAAAAGUUAUCUAUUAUUUACAUAAGAGUUAUAAAGCCUGAUGGCUGUUGGUACAAAAGAUCUUCUGAAUCUUCCUGUCCUGCAGCGAAGAGAGAGGAGCCGUCCACCCCCAUUUGCCCUUUGGUUCAUCAAGGUGUUGUGAAGUGGGUGAUCCAUGUUCUUUUGAAUAGUCUCCACCUUCCUCAGUGUAGAUCUCUCCACCACAACCUCCACUGCUAAAAGAAAACUACUUUAAUCAUGUACUGUCCUGUUUUGAUAAUUUUGAUGACAAGUACUUUUUCUUGGGUAAAUUAUUUCGAGUAAAAAUCACCCAGCGAUUGUGAUGGUGUUACUAAUUUUAGCGAUAGUGUUCUAGGGUUGAUCUGUUGAAUGAUGCCACAAACCUGCGCCCACUUCUUCUAGAGUUCAGGAGAAAAGUCAUGAUCAAAAUUGAUUUGUCUGUCUCAAAAGAGGCUAGAUGUUCUGACCUCUCAUUUGUAAAUGAUACCUGAUUGACCUUUUGAACUCUCAGACGUGAAUGACGGUGGUCAUGUCUCACACUCUUUUAGCAGGAGGAAAUCGUGGAGGUCGGUGGCCGCGUGCUCUGAGCUGAUGGCAGGACAGACAUGUAACCUGACCCUGGUCUUCAAGGACCCCUUUGAGUCCUACCUGGCUCGUGUGAAGGCCUACACAUCCAGCCAGACCUCUAACUGGACCCAGUCUGCACACUUCCAGCCUCUGACCGACAGUAAGAGACGUUUGUCACUAAAAUCAUCACCAUGAAUUCUAACUCUGAUAUCAUCAAAUAAAUCAUCAAUAAUAAUAUCUUAGCUGGUUAAUGUUAAUAAUCACAGAUAUUCAGGGGGCUUUAUUGGUGUGAAUGGUAACAACUGUUGUUGCCUCAGCAAUCAAUAGCAAACGGCAAAAAGAGACUGACUAAUUCCAUGACAUCGGGACUCUCUAUAGGUUGUGAUGGCUUAAACCUGAUCCCAGGUGUGUUCAAAGACAGUUUAUUUGUUUUUAUGUGGUAACGCUGUAGGGCUGUGACAUUUCAGUGUUCCCUGUGAUUUGAUGUGUGGAUAUAAAGAUAUAUAUUAAUGGUAUUGUUGUGAAUCGAUGUACUGUAUAUUGAUUAAUCAUUGUGUAUUGAAACAGAUGUUUGCUGUGUCUUUCAGCUGUUUUUGGGCCCCCUGGUCUGACAGUGUCCGGCUGUGGGAACUGUCUGCUCCUACACUUAACUGUCCCCGCCUCAGGGGGGCUGAAGCAGCAGCUGCAGCUCAGAGACCUGUACCGCAGCCUGGAGUUCCAGGUGAAACGGACCAGAGAUGGAGCGCAGGUGUGUAUUUGGAUAAGAAAACAACUCGCAUGGAAAAUACAAGGCUUAUUUCCUGCAGACUAUAAAACCACACCCUGAGAUCAGACCCCUUUAUGCCUGGAUCUGGUCUAGACCUUGUUCUGGUUUAGAUCUAGUUUGUUCUGUAUCAUAACAAUUUUUUAGACUUAGUCAAAGGUACUCAACCUACAGAUAUCAACAGUCUGAUAAAGGGACAGUCCGUGUAAUCAGAUUAUCAGUGAAACUGGGAUUAUCAAUCUGAUCAGACUAACUCAGUCUGAAAAACUGGAAUUAUUAAUAUGAUGAAAUAAUCCCCUUGGUGGAGUUUCCCUUUUCAGAUUUAUGUUUUUUUUCCCUUCUCGAACUAAUACUGAGGAAUUAAAAAUAUGCUUAGAUCAACUCCCUCGUCUGUCUCUGCUGACGGCACUUGCUGACGUCUCCGCUUAUAUCUAGUUUCCCCCGUGUGGUUUUACCCUCGUCUUCCUCUCAGGAAGACAGGGGUAAAACACACCAAGAAACCCCCCCACUUUAAAAAAAAACAAGCUAUCACCGUGUCCUUGUUAUUGCGUACAAUAUACCAUGUGACAGGAAGAAAGACAAAGAACAAAACCUAAAGAAAGACACGUCUUUUCUCCUGAAAUUUCACAGGAAACUACACUUUUUACAAAGAACCCCAUCAACAGAUACUUUGAAAUCAAAAACGAUUAAGCAUUCCCAAGUAGAUUUAUAACAUUUUAAAGAAAUAAAUUUAGCAACUCAAAUAAAGUUUAAUGUUGAGGGUCUUCAUUUUCACUCGCUGAAAAAAGUACCACUGAUAAUUUAUGAUUCAUAAUUGACUCAUGAUCACUCAAAUACUGUGUGUGUGUGUGUGUGCGUGUGUGUGUGUGUGUGUGUGUGUGUGUGUGUGUGUGUGUGUGUGUGUGUGUGCGUGUGUGUGUGUGAUCAGUACUUAAUGAGUGUGCCCUUCAGUGAGCAGGUGGUGAUCUCUUACCUGCAGACAGGUGUGGAGUACUGUGUGAGCGUAAGAGUGAGCGGUCUGUUGACUUCCACAUCAUCUCUCUUCAGUCAGCCUCACUGUGCCUUCACCAGUCCGCCCUCACCUCUUGACAAAUCGGGUAAGACACUUCGACAAGAGAAACACAAACACACACAGAUCCACUCAAUUCUUUGUCUGAAUACACAUCUUGUUUCAAAGUAAGCUUGACUUAUGACUGUGUUUCAGUGUGUGUCUGAUCUGUGGUUAUGAUUCUGUGUGUGUCUGAUCUAUGUUUGUGAGUCCGUGUGUGUCUGAUCUAUGUUUGUGAGUCUGUGUGUGUCUGAUCUAUGGUCAUGAUUCUGUGUGUGUCUGAUCUAUGUUUGUGAGUCUGUGUGUGUCUGAUCUAUGUUUAUGAUUCUGUGUGUGUCUGAUCUAUGUUUGUGAGUCCGUGUGUGUCUGAUCUAUGUUUGUGAGUCUGUGUGUGUCUGAUCUAUGUUUAUGAUUCUGUGUGUGUCUGAUCUAUGUUUGUGAGUCCGUGUGUGUCUGAUCUAUGUUUGUGAGUCUGUGUGUGUCUGAUCUAUGGUUAGGAGUCUGUGUGUGUCUGAUCUAUGGUUAUGAUUCUGUGCGUGUCCGACCAACAGUUAUGAUUCUGUGUGUCUGAUCUAUGUUUGUGAGUCUGUGUGUGUCUGAUCUUUGGUUAUGAUUCUGUGUGUGUCUGAUCUAUGUUUAUGAUUUUUUGUGUGUCUUACUCAUGCUUGUGUCUCUGUUUCCCAGUGCUGCUGGUCCUUGGUCUGACAGGUGCACUCUGUGCUCUGUGUCUCUUUCUCUCUGGUUUGGUGAUCUACCGUGGUGGGCGGAGCUUCAGAAGAUGCAGCCUGUUGUCAGCUCUGGUAUGUCAAUGAGUGAGGGAGUGCAGUGAACAGGUGGAUGAAUAAGAUCCUUGACAGGUGAGCAGCACUUCACUGUCGAUACAGCAUUUUUUUUUAUUUACCAUUUGUCUCUGUCUACCUGUCUCUCUGUCUCUUUGUGUCCCCAGUCCUCUCUCCUCCUCAGACAGGAUAGAGGACGUCCUCGUGUCUCUAGUCAGACAUCUUCCACUCAGCUCCACAAAGAUGACUCUCUGACCUGACUGACCUCAGACCUGUUUGUGUAGGAGCGCUUGUGUGGAGGCAGAGCCAAAGACAAAGCCUCACCGUUGGGCGAACAGCAACAACACACCUACCUGUCAUUCAAGAGGCCCCUGGUCAUGACUAAAACCAGGUGUCUGAUGUGAAACAGUGUACUUCCUGUGAAUAAAUCUGACUUUGAAUCAUUUGUGUAAAGACAUAUUCAUGAUGUUUUUUAGUGUUGAAGAGGUUACAUGACUUUCUGAUGAGUUUACUGUAAAAAUAAAUGUCAUUUUUGUUACUUGA